UCCAUUCAUUAUUUAUGAUUUGACGUCGACCGGCAAGGAAAAAGUUAAUUUACUCUAUUGCCGAUUAGAGCUGUUUCAUAACUACGGCAAUUAUACUUGUUACAGAACCCUCCAAUCUACCAUCGUUAAGCUCUUGUUUUGCGCGCACAUGGCGUGCUACUCAAUAUGGAGACGGGGAAAAGGAAGGAAUCAGGAUGCCCUGAGCACUGACGAUAGGCCUUCCAAACUACCAAAAAGGCAAUGCGGACGACUGACUCAAGACACCCUUUUAGUUGUCGAUCGUUCAAGACCGGGGAAAUCCUGGCCUAUGCGCGGUGCUCUCAGUGGUCAACCAUCGGAAUCGGAAGACAAUGGAUUAAGUUCCAUCUCCUUUUUAUCCCGCCUACACCGUACAGGGGUCGUCGUAAGGCAGACGGGACUAUCAUCGAUUAUUUUCUCCUGAAAAUAAUCAAUAACAACCUUGUUCAGAAUACGGGGUGCAUACAUUGUGCCAUGCGAUUGCUUAUACUCCGGACAAUCGCCCGCCCGAUACACGCGCAACAGAGACCACGUUUUUAUCCUGCCCACCGACCCACGAUGCUAUCACAUAGCCCAUACUUAGUGGCUUCCGUUUAUAUUUUAGCGGAAACGGUCGCACUAAAUCGGAUUGCCUGCUGUAUGGAGUACUUUGUCUCAAACCAUCUAACUAAUUCCAGCCAUGCAGCAUGCCGGUUUCAGAAUGGUCCAUCCAUGUUCGGUGAUGAUCUCUCCCAUGGGGCUUGCGGAAGGUUUACUGGUUUUGUUUCACGCCGCUGUGACGUUUGAUCGAUGGGAUGAUAGUACGGAGCACGGAGGUGCUAUGGUCGUUCUCUCUUGCCUUUUGUAUGCUGUAGUCUACUUCGUACUCCAUAAAGAGUAACAGCCAUUCCCAACUGUCAUAU